CUCACCACCUGCCCCCUUCCGUUAUCGAGGUUAAUUGUAACAAAUUCGCCUUGAGCUUUACAAGACCACAGAUUGUUAUAUCCUCUUAAAAUCAGUUAGGCUACCCGCUCAAAACCGCGACAGAAUGCAGGUAUCGCCGAGGCGCUUGUUGAACGCCGUAGCGCACCACGUGGGAAGGCACUAGGACCGGGGAGAGUUCCCUCCCAGCUAGGCAGACUAUGAGCAUCGCAUCCACAUAGCCGGGCUGAGGAAACCCCCAUCGGAUCUGUCAAUAUAGGAUACUUGCGAUUAUUAUAUCUAUACAUGCAGCCUCGUGGCGCAGCAUAGUGGAGUGCGCGCCAGUGCGUUUGGGAUGGUCGGGCACCCUUGGGAGAAUUCCUGACCAAACCUCUUUUGGCGCAAAGCAAGUAGUCGAGUUUAGGUGGGAGUUCAAUGGACUACACGCUUCCAUUUCCCGCCACCCCACCCCCCUCUUCGUUUUAUAUAUGUCAUUUUUUGCCUUUUAUUUUGUAUUUGGCCAUAAUCAUUUUAGCUUUUUUCCACACUGCCCUCUUUUCUACAUCUUAGUCUCGCUCGAGACAAUUCGCGUAUGUUUUUGUGGGAAAGCAUGGCACUUUCUUCAUUCAUUUGAGAAGAGAACAAGAUUCGCAUCUUUCUCUUUGGAUUAAACCGCUGUUUAGACCGCGGCUAUCGCCUGAAAGGGUGAUCUGGUUGAAAUACUUUUCUUCAGUGGCACCCUGAUACUCCAUGGACACGUUAUCUCUCUGGCUGGUCCGUCGCUGUGAUGUCCAAAGAUUUCCCCACUGACUGACAAACGCGAUUGGACCAUUUUGGAAAGCCAUUUGAAGGUCUGGUGGAAGAUGAGGACUCCUAUCCCUCUCCUGAUUCUGCUGUACAUCACCCUGUCCCGCAGCAUGAAGACGGUCUCCAAGAGAGGCUCAGUUGACGGCUGUACGGACUGGUCGGUGGACUACCUGAAGUACCGUGUGUUGAAGGGGGAGCCGGUGAGGCUGAAGUGUGCCCUGUUCUACGGCUACAUCAGGGCCAACUACAGCCAGGCUCAGAGCGUAGGCCUCAGCCUCAUGUGGUACCGCAGCUCUGGCCUGGGCCACGGAGACUUUGAGGAGCCCAUCUCCUUCAACGGCGUGCGCAUGAGCAAGGAGGAGGACGCCAUCUGGUUCAGACCGGCCGACCUGCAGGACGUGGGCCUCUACUCCUGUGUGCUACGGAAUUCAAGCUACUGUAUGAAGGUUUCCAUGUCUCUUUAUGUGGCUGAGAACGACACAGACCUGUGCUACAACUCUGUGAUGAGACACAUGGAGAAGGCGGAACUCAGCAAGAGCAAAGACAUCACCUGUCCAGACAUAGAGGACUACACAGAACCUGGGAAAGACCCCCAUAUCACCUGGUUCAAGGAGUGUCGUCCAAAGCAGUGGCGGGCCUCCAUCCUCCAGAGGAGAGAUACACUGUCCAUCAGAGAGGUCAAGGAAGACGACAUCGGCAACUACACCUGUGAGGUCACCUUCGGUGGCUUCGUUGUGCGCAGGACCACCGAGCUCACUGUCACAGCCCCUCUGACUGACAAGCCACCGAAGAUCCUUUAUCCUUCUGAGAACAAGAUCAGCAACAUGGAGCUACAGCUAGGAAGUGCCCUGAACCUGACGUGCAGAGCGUUCUUCGGCUACAGCGGGUCAGCGGUCAGUCCUCUCGUCUACUGGAUGAAGGGAGAGAAGUUCAUCGAGGACCUGGAUGAGGAGAGAGUCGAAGAGAGUGAAAUCAAGGUGGUCCGGGAGCACCUGGGGGAACAGGAAGUGGCUAUCUCCUUGAUGAUCCACUCGGUGGAAGAGGGGGACCUGGGGAACUACUCCUGCUAUGUGGAGAAUGGAAACGGGAGACGGCAGGCCACCAUCCAACUCUCCAGAAGGGAGCUGAUGUACACGGUAGAGUUGGCAGGGGGUUUGGGCGCCAUUCUGCUGCUGCUGCUCUUCCUCAUCUCUCUGUAUAAGUGUUAUAAGAUUGAGCUAAUGCUCUUCUACAGGAGACACUUCGGCAGCGACGACCUGGAUGGAGAUAAUAAGGACUAUGAUGCAUACCUGUCCUACACUAAAGUAGACCCUGACCAGUGGAGUCAGGAGACCAAGGAGGAGGAGCGCUUUGCCCUGGAGAUCCUCCCUGACGUCUUGGAGAAACACUACGGGUACAAACUCUUCAUCCCAGACAGAGACCUCAUCCCCACAGGAAGUCUGGCCAAUGAGCUUUACCAGGAUGACACAAGACUUCUUAGAGCCUACAUUGAGGAUGUGGCGCGCUGUGUGGACCAAUCCAAGCGCCUCAUCAUCGUCAUGACGCCAAACUACGUGGUGCGGCGGGGGUGGAGCAUCUUUGAGCUGGAGACACGCCUCCGCAACAUGUUGGUCACCGGGGAGAUCAAGGUGAUUCUGAUCGAGUGUGCCGAGCUGCGUGGCAUCAUGAACUAUCAAGAGGUGGAGGCCCUCAAACACACCAUCAAGACCCUCACCGUCAUCAAGUGGCGUGGCCCCAAGAGCAACAAGCUCAGCUCCAAGUUCUGGAAACAACUGCAGUAUGAGAUGCCCUUCUGCCGCACCGAACCCAUGCUGAGCCAUGAGCCGGCGCUGGACGUCAGCGAGCAGGGCCCCUUCGGAGAGCUCCAGACCGUCUCCGCCAUCUCUAUGGCAGCUGCCACCUCCACCGCCAUGGCCACGGCGCACCCGGAACUCCGCUCGUCCUUCCACAACUCCUACCACACCACCAUGCGGCAGAAACACUAUUACCGCAGCUAUGAGUACGACCUGCCGCCGGGGGGCACGCUACCGCCGUUGUCAUCACUAGGCAACCAGCACACCUACUGCAACAUCCCACUGACGAUGCUGAAUGGACAGAGGCCGCCAGCGGGGAAGAGCCGCGAGCACAGUGUGGAGGAGGACCACACUAACCACGCCAUGCUGCCGCUGUUGCCCAGGGAGACCAGCAUCUCCAGCGUCAUCUGGUGACCGGGGCGGGGCAGGGUAGAACCAUACGACACUAGCAGAGAAACGCGGCACGGUUUGGUCUGGUUUGGUCUGGUUUGACUUGGAUCGCUUUGGAUCGGUUUGGUGUCACGAUUCUAUGAGACAGUUAUGAUUGGCUACUUUAGCUAUAUCUGAGAGAUUGUGAUGAGUUUGGUUAGGAGUGGACCCCUGUGAACAGGCAAGACAAAGUUGGGGCAGGUUUGGAACGUGGUCCUCAUGUAUGCAGAGGAGAAGUUCUUAACCCGAGGAUUAAAGAUUCAAACUGACAACAACAAACUGUUUGAUCAAAAGACAUCAGAGAGUUUGAUCAACAUGAACUGUGAAUAAAUAAUAAAAGAACCCACGCAUUGGCACUUGUGCACGCGUGCGCACACAUGCACACACACACACACUAAAGGAAAACAGGGUCUUGUACAUAUAUUUUCAAUUUAUUUGUAGCAUAAGUGUCUUUCUGUUUGUUUUUCUGUUGUUUUUAUUCAAUCUUGUUUGUUGCCUUCUCUACUUUGACUCUGCUUUAACUUGUCACACAGAUUUAUAUAUUUCUAUUUUUUCUGUUUUUUAUUUAUUUUUAUUUUUAAUUUCAAUAUGCUUAUGAAGAAAGCCAGUAUGUCAUGUAUCUGCGCUGUUGUGUUUUCUAUCUUGACUUUAUGUAGUUUAAGAGAUCCUUUUUUUUAAAACACUUUUGGGGAAUUGCCUGGACAUUGCAACGUUUUACUCCGAGAGCAUCUUCUUUUUGUUGACCUGUAUAAGGUGUAUAUCUAGUUUUUAAAACAAUCUUUAAAAAAAAUCAUAGAAUAUGCAAAAAGAGGGAAGAGCUACUGGUGAUGUUGAUGUAACUUCCUGUGGACCAGAGGAAGGGGAGGAUUUAGGGAGGGGUCCUAGUCCUCUCCAGUCAGUCUGUCUGUCAGUCAGAGCUCUCUCUAAAGAUUCAUAUUUUGUAUAAAAACAAACAGCCUCGCUGUUUUAGCGUGAUAGUGAAAUCCCUCACCUUAAAAAGAAAUGUGUUGAUUAUUUUAAAAAUAAGUCUAUUUUUAUAACAAAAAGAGUUUGCUUGGAAAGUCAUACUUAUUUACAUUUCAUCUGACAUGAAGGGGGAGGUGAGUGUGUGUGUGUUAGGCUGGUUUUGUACACCACUUUGAUAUGUGGUUCCUGGUUUGUUAAAGGCCCAGUGCAGUCAAAAAUGUGAUUUACCUGUGUUUUAUAUGUUUCUACACUAUGAGGUUGGAAUAAUACUGUGAAGUUAUGAAAAUUAUAAGGCCCUUUUAGUGUAGGAGCUGUUUGAAAAGCUGUUUGUUCAGCCUGUUUUGAAGGGAGGGAGUUUUGGGCUUUCAUGGUAACACCAUGCAGUAAAUUAGACCAAUAAGAAAUAGAGUUCCAAACCUCUCUGCCAAUAACAGCACAUUUUCUGUUUUCCCCUUCCCACUCAAACCACGCCCAGACAGUCUUAUCAAAAUUCUUGCUUGAGAAAUUGAUAUUUAGACAGUCACAGAAAGGUACUUGUUACCCAGAAAUUAUUUGAUAUUGAGAUUUAAAAAAAACAGCUGCAUUGGACCUUUAAGACAACAGUAUGGAUUUUGAGUACCUCAUAUAAACAUUUUUAGAUAAAAAAAAAAUGCAUUUUCUAUGUUUUGGUUGAGUUCUUGAAAUAUUUUCCAAUACUGAGAAGUCCUUGUUUUUAAUCCAUGCUUAUCCAUGUUUAAGGAAAGAAAAAGUGUGUUUGUGCUUUAAAAUACUUUUUUUAUUAUAUUGGAAGGCGUAGUUUCUGAGUAUGCAUAGCAAAUAGAUACAUAUUCUAUAUAUGAUACAGAUAUUUAUAUAAAUAUAUAAACACGAUAUUCACUUGGAAGGAAAUGUCUGUCUUUAUAAAAACACAAUUCAUUCUUAUCAGUUGCCCUUACUUUCUCACUGCAUAUUAAAAAUGUUUAUCUCCUCUCGA